AUGCUGUUAAGGUACCACCAUUUUAUCAUAAUUGGGCUUACUGUAUCUCUCGUAACAUCAGCACACACAUCGAUAAAGCGACGACAAGCAGAGAAAGGAGAAAAGGUACUAUUAAGAACCAAACGACAGCAUUGCACAUGUCUCAACGUUCGGAUUGGCACAGAUAGUCAAGCACCAGUAGGACCGGGGCUAGAUCCCUUGAGCAGCACCUAUAAAUGUACAUGUAAUUCAGCUGGCAAUCCAGUCCAGCAACAACGAGAGCUGCAACAGAUCCUACAACAAGUAGAACCAAUGAGUCGCUGUCAAUGUGGGCCUGGAAACGCCAUGGGAAGACAGCCACUGAUGGACGCGAAUCCACUGUUCGAACAGAUGCCUGAACAACAACAAUGGGAGUGCCAUUGUCAGACUGACACUCAGGUAAGAAAGCAGAUUUAUUUAAUAGUGCUGAAAUCCUUUAAAACUCAAUUUUUGCAACAGCAAAUGAAUUGUUAUAGCUCCGUGGUCCCUCGCCUCAAUUCUUCCCAUGGAACAGACAAAGUGCCCCAACCCAAUCACCGCUCCUACCACCGCAACCCAUGCCUCAAUUAAGUCCCGUAUCACAUCCUAGUCUACCAUUACUGCCUCGUCAACCAGCUAGAGAUAUGAGACCAAUACCAGAUGCUCUGCCAACACCUCCACCCUAUCCAGAACAACCAAAUGGUAUCAAUUCCGUGUUGCCACCAAUCGCACCCAUCGUACCAACUGGCUUACCAACACCAAUGGGACCACAGACGGGCCUGCCCGGACCCAUGGGACCACAAACUGGCCUACCUGGACCUAUGAGACCACAAGCUGGUCUAGGGCCUCAAAAUGUACCUGGUCCACAAAUUCCUCGAAACAGACUGCCAAUCCAACCCAUACCACAGUCUGGCCCCAUUAUCGCACCAUUACCAGUACCACCCCCACCAGCCACCGGAAUACCACCACAAACUACGGUAACCAGAUGUCCGUGUAUGGAAGUUACAGUGAACGUGAUCAGAACUGACUCCAGAGGUAACAAGGUACCUAUCAGAACCCCAAUGUGUCUCUGUGAACCUCUCCAAACUGUACCACCUCCAAUUACACCACCUAUGAGAGAUGCCCGACCUCUGCCUGUAGCAGCGCCUACUCCAGUACCAGCCUACACUCCAGUUCAGACUAACAUGCUGCCAGUCAUGGGUGCACAGCCUGGACAAAGUAGGUUAUGUUUGGUAAAAUAUACCUUUUUAGUCAUACCUUAGUAUAAAAAUAUAAAAUUAGCUAAUGGAAGAGUAAUAUUUUAGUUACUAUACUCACAACCUUACAUACUAGAAAAAUAUUAUACAAUUAAAAACUAUUGCCUAGCAUUACAUGAUUCCGUAGCUCACGUAACAUAAUAUAUUUCAGCCUUGUUAUACCCAGACGGACGUAUAUCAGCUCCUCUAACCUCCCCAGCAGUCCCAUAUCAGCCUAUACUUCCAGCCACAACAAUUGCCGCCACUCCAUUAGUAAUCAACGACGCCACAGCCAACGAUGAUCCCCCAAUAGUACCGUGCUUGAUGAUUUCCAUCAAUGGAAUCCAAGGAAAAUAUUGCACAUGCAGUGAAGACUAUAGACAAUGUUCUCCUACUCUAUGUUGCAAUCACAAAACUUAUAGAAGCUUAAAAGUAAGUUGACAUCACUACCUAUAAUAGGUCCAGUUGUAAGAGCCAACAGCUUUUUUAGCUUUAAGAAUUACCCAAAACAAUCAUUAACAAUUUUAAAACAUACAUAAAAUUAACAAACCUUGUUUAGAAUCUGAACAGCACCGAGCUUCCCACAACAACUCUUCCUCCAUCCACAGCAAGCACGAAAUCUCCAUCAGCGGUCGAUUUGUUCAUGGAAUUCGUCGAUAAAUUCCGCCAACAUCUUGAUGGAAGCGGCGAGAAACGAGAAUCCAAAAACUAA